AUGUCAAUAGCAAGUGGUGUUCGGGAUAACAAAUGUGCUAAGUGUGGUACAUCAUUCGCAAAUAGUUAUAUUAAUAUCCAGGAGCAUAUUGAAGCCAAACACUAUUUCCAAUGCAAAUAUUGUUUUAAAUCAUUUAUAACUGUGAAAGAAAUAGAGUCUCACGAUAAAACCGCUCAUUUAAAAAUCAAGUGUCCACAUUGUGCUGAAUAUUGCAAAUCAAAAAAGCAACUUCAGCGGCAUAUUGAAGCCAAACAUUGCAUUAAAUGCUCAUUUUGUGAUGAAACAUUUAUAUCCAUUGAAGAUGUAACUUUCCACGAUAGAUACACGCAUCUUAUAGUGGAGUGUCAAUAUUGUGAUAGUUACUUCAGGUCAGAUAAAGGUUUAGAUCAGCAUAUUAAAGUCCAACAUUGUUUUCCAUGCCCAGGUUGUAGUGAAACCUUUAAAUCCGUUGAGAUCAGAAAUUUUCACGACAAAAAUGUACAUCUGACGGUUGAGUGUCCACAUUGCGAUAUAUUAUUUAGAAAAGAUGAGGAUCUACAGCAGCAUAUUGAAGACCAACAUAAAUUUGUAUGCAGAUGGUGUAAAAAACCAUUUAAAUCUUCAGAAGAGGAAAAUUUUCAUCAAGAAUGUAUACAUGUAACAUUUGAUUGUAGUUAUUGCACUUUGUAUUUUUCAACAGAUAAACAGCUGAAGGAGCAUUCAGAGAAACAUAAUUUAAAUAAACCAAAGUAUAGAUAUUAA